AUGGCAGCCCUAGAUUGUACUUCCACUUCCAUCACAAUUGGAUUAUCUAGUUACCAAGUGUUCCUCAACUUCAGUGGUGAAGAUACUCGUAAUAAUUUUAGUGGCCUCCUUUAUUUAUUUCUCAAAGAGAAAGGAAUAGACGUGUUUAUUGAUAGUGAAAAGUUGUGGAGUGGAGAAGCCAUUGGACCUGCAUGCCUUAAAGCAAUCGAUGGCUCCAAGAUUUUCAUUCCUGUAUUCUCCCAAGGAUAUGCGCACAGCAAAUGGUGCCUGCUGGAACUUGCUCAGAUUCGUCAACGCCACGUCUCCGAUGGUCACUUGGUGUUGCCUAUAUUCUUCCAUGUUGAGCCAUCGCAUGUUCGGAAUCAGACUGGAAGUUUUGAAGAAGCAUUUCGAGAGCACGAGAAGAAUUUUGAACCCCAUAUUGUAGAGGAUUGGAGGAAAGCAUUGAGAGUUGUAGGAAAUUUGAAAGGAGAAGUUAUUGAUAAAAAUCCCACAAAAUUCUUCUCAAGAUAUUGUCUCAUUAUCUUAUCCUGA